UACAAUAUAUUUUCCUUUUUCGAUUCAUGCACACACGUGAACAAGUUUCCUAUUCUUUUAAUUGAAGUUUCCUUUUCUGUAUUUUUUAGUUGUUAAAAUUUUUGCGAUAUUUUGGAUAAAGCUCUCCUAAUUGGUACAGCACCAGAAAAUAAAAGUCCCUCGUCCGCUUGUACGACGGUGAGUCGCUAUCUCGUGGGACCCACUCCGAUGAUCAGCGGAAUCUUUGGGUCGAAAAAUAAUUUACCGAGGGCUGUCCCCACCAGCUUAUGCGUUCCAUGUAAAUCCACGUCAUCCUCGGGCCCACACAAUUGGAAAUCUCUAUCGCACGCGAAGCACCAGAUCACAAUCCAACUACCCCAUAAAUUACUAAAAAACCCUUCCCGGUUCAGUUAGGCGAUCGCCUCAAAAAUCAACCGGCAGUUACCGGUCACUCUAUCGCAUACCCGGUCGCCCCAAUGUUCCCGUUACAACCUUUCGGUUCUUGGCAUGUAUAUCAGACAAGGCACCGUAGGUUUAUCUUCUGAACAGACACAGUGAGAGACGGGGAUUGAUCGAGAGAUAGGGGUUAGGGUUUGCGCUGAAAUUUUCAGCUGAAAAGCAGGAGACCGACCACUCGGACUUCAGUGUUUUAGUUGAUAGAUGGGAAUGGAAGAUCCGUCCAUGGCCCAGAGCAAUCCGGACCCUGAAGAAGCAUCUAAUUCUCUGCUGAGGAACACGCGCUGCUGCUUCUGUUUCCCUUGCUUCGGCUCCGCCAGAUCAUCUUCCGUUAGAUUAGCCUGGUGGGAACGGAUAGGAUCGUCGUCUGAUAGGCACCAUGAGGGUCGAUGGUGGGAUCGGGGAAUCAGAGCCUUCAAGAAGAUACGAGAAUGGUCGGAGAUCGUCGCCGGACCUCGUUGGAAAACCUUUAUCCGACGCUUCAACAGGAACAAAAACGCCGGCGCCGGUAACCGACAUGGGAAAUUCCAAUAUGAUCCAUUGAGUUACGCUUUGAAUUUCGACGAAGGCCACGGCGUGAACGGUGAUUUCGAAACCGAAGGAGAUUACAGUGGAUACCGCGAUUUCUCGAGCCGAUGGGCAUCGGUUCCGGGUGCGGGUAAAGGUACGGCCACAACGACGUCGUCUAUGGAGGUUUCUAGCAAUGUGAGAACAGCUUUCGCGUGAAACGCGCGGUUGUGGCGUUGUUUCUUGGUCCUUGAAGGUGGGCGCGUGAGCAGUAGCGUUGACCUAACGGUGUAAUGUGACGGCGGCGUUCUUUGUUUUUAUUUAUUUUAUUAUUUAAUUUGUUUUUUGUUUUUAAUAGUUGAGAGAUUUUGUUUUUGGUAAAUGAGUAGUAACGUCGUCUGUAUAAAGAUGGUGAUAGGAUCAGGAUUGUUGGUUUA